AUGAAAGAAUUCUUUAAUUCUGAGCCAUCAUUUGACAAAUGCUGUGAAAAAGUGAAGUACUUCAAAAAAUAUUUAACCAUGAUCUCUUGCUUGGUGACAAAUGAAUAUUUCUUUGUUGGCCGAAUAUGCCAGAAUGAUGUUAUACGCAACUUAAAAGAACUGGGAAAUUCUUACAUCGCUGAUAUACUUAACUACUUAGUACGGAAGCAUCGCAAAGAAAAUGACAGGAUCUGCGAGGUGUUCGUGGAGGUGACCAGGCGGGCGGAGCAGGUCCCCCGGUCGACGGAGGAGCUCAUGGCCACGGGGGAGUACAUGGAGCACGCCAGCACGACCCUCCUGGACGAGUUGGCCGAGGCCAUCGACGGGCAGCUCCGGGCGUCGGCCGCCCUCUUCGACUUCACCGUCCUCUCCGCCCGACACGUCGACCAGAACACCAGGGUGGUCCGCUGGCUGCGGGACAUCCGGCCGGUCUUCAGGGACAGUGCCUCGCAUUUUGAGGAGUACAAGCGUGAGUUUGAGAGCAAGCUGGCGGAGAAAACGGAGCAGUUGAACAAGCAGCUGGAUGAUCUGGGCCCACGCCUAGUCGUGCUGGAUCGCAUGGACGAAGCGGACAACGUGGCGGAGUAUGUCCAGCAUGUGAUGAAACUGCUAAGGAAAAUGGGCAGAUUUGACGAGCAAGUGGCAUGGAUCAACAAGGAAGAGGCAUUGUUCAAGUUCCCGCUCUCAACGUACCCGGAGCUAGAUGAACUGAAGAAUAUAAUUUUUCCAUUCUCUAGACUAAUUUUUCAAAUUCAUAGAUGGAGAAGAUUGUACAGAGUUUGGAUGGAUGGAGCUUUCGACAAGCUAAGUGCAAAAGAGAUAGAAGAAAAAGUUGAUGGGUUUUACAGGGAAAUAUCGAAGAUGCAGAAGACAUACCGUACCAAGAUCCGCGCCCAGAUGGUGGAGAACAAUCCCAGGCGGUUCAAAGGAAACUUGGACGAUGCGGACUACGAUAACUUGCCGGCUCCAAUCAAGUUGGCCACAAAAGCCUUGCAGCACAUUCGGGAGUUCCGGCAACAUCUCAGAUUCAUCUCCAUUUUGUGCAACCCAGCCCUAACCCAACGACACUGGAAUGAAAUGUCCCAAUUGGUUGGUUUUGACCUUACUCCUGAUGCUGGUACAACACUCAGAAAGAUGAUUGAAAAGAAUUUGGAACACAUUCUUGAACAGUUCGAUGUGAUCAGCAUUAGUGCAGACAAGGAAAAACAUUUGCAAGAAAACUUGUCGAAAAUGUUUACAGAAUGGGAUGAUGUAAAAUUUACCACUGGUACUUACAGGGAAACCAGCAUACCAAUUUUGACUGAUUUGGAUGGCGUUCAAGCUGUGUUGGACAACCACCUCAUUAAAACUCUGACCAUGCGAGGAUCUGCCUUUGUAAAGCCAUUUGAAGCUGAGAUCAAAGAGUGGUAUGAAAAGCUCGUCAGCAUCAGCGAGACGAUCGAAGAGUGGGCGAAGGUGCAAGCUCAGUGGCUCUAUCUCUUGCCGGUAUUUUCAUCCGAGGACAUCGUCGCACAGAUGCCAUCUGAGGCGACUCUUUUUCAGGAGGUGGACGGAGCCUACAGGAAAAUAGUGCAUUCCGUGCACAAGGAACCAAGGGUCCUUCUGACGGCUGCCGCGGAAGGGAUACUGCAGCUGCUUGAAGAAUGCAUGCGGAAGCUGGAGACCAUAAAUGAUGGUGUGGACACCUACCUGGAAAACAAGAGACUAUUCUUCCCCAGGUUCUUCUUCUUGUCGAACGACGAGCUCUUGGAGAUCCUGUCCGAGACGAAGGACCCGCUCAGGGUGCAGCCCCACCUCAAGAAGUGCUUCGAGGGCAUCAGCAAGCUGGGGUUUGACGAUCAGCUCGACAUAUACUCCAUGUUCAGCUCGGAGGGCGAGGAGGUGACCCUGGUCAGCAACAUAUCCACCGCGGAGGCCCGCGGGAGCGUCGAGAAGUGGCUCGUGCAGGUCGAAGAGCUCAUGCGGUCGACCUUGCGCCGUGAGAUGGAGCGCGGCAGUGUGGACUAUCGCAGCACGCCUCGCGUGCAGUGGACGAUGCGCUGGCCCGGGCAGGUGGUGCUGUGCGUGUCCAUGAUGUACUGGACGGCCGAUGUCCACGGCAUCCUGUCGGGCCAGGAGGCGGUGACCCGGCUCGGGAGCUACCAUUCCCAGCUGGAGCACCAGCUGAGCGAGACGGUGGCGCUGACGAGGGGCCACCUGAGCGCUCAGGCGCGCAUCACGCUGGGAGCGCUGGUAGUCCUGAACGUGCACGCCAAGGACAUAGUUCAGGAGCUGCACGGCGAGGGCGUCAGCACGGCCGCCGACUUCAAGUGGCUGGCCCAGCUCAGGUACUACUGGGAGGACGGCGUGACGGCGCGGAUCAUCAACGCGACGGUGCCGUACUUCUACGAGUACCUGGGCAGCUCGCCGCGGCUGGUCGUCACGCCUCUCACGGACCGCUGCUACCGCACGCUCGUCACCGCCUACCACCUGCGCCUGAGCGGGGCGCCCGAGGGCCCCGCGGGCACCGGCAAGACGGAGACCACCAAGGACCUGGCCAAGGCCGUCGCAGUGCAGUGCGUCGUGUUCAACUGCUCGGACGGGCUCGACUGCAAGGCCAUGGGCAAGUUCUUCAAGGGCCUGGCCUCGUCCGGGGCGUGGUCCUGCUUCGACGAGCUCAACCGCAUGGACGUGGAGGUGCUGUCGGUGGUCGCGCAGCAGAUCCUGUGCGUCACGCGGGCCGUGCGGGCCGGCGCCAAGACGCUCGUGUUCGAAGGCACGGAGCUGGCGCUGAACCCGGCCUGCUACGUCUGCGUCACCACGAACCCGGGCUACGCCGGCCGCUCCGAGCUGCCCGACAACCUCAAGGUGCUGUUCCGACCAGUGGCAAUGAUGGUUCCUGAUUUUGCUAUGAUCUGUGAUAUCUCUCUUUAUUCCUAUGGUUUUGUGGAUGCCAGAAAUCUCUCUGUCAAAAUUGUGUCUACGUACAGGCUGUGCUCAGAGCAACUGUCUUCACAGAGCCACUAUGACUACGGCAUGAGAGCCGUGAAGACGGUGCUGGCAGCCGCCGGCAACAUGAGGCUCAAGUUCCCGGACGAGAAGGAGGACAUCCUCCUGCUGCGCUCCAUCGUGGACGUGAACCUGCCCAAGUUCCUCAGCCGCGACGUCCCACUCUUCGAGGGAAUCAUCUCCGACCUGUUCCCUGGCACCAAGCUGCCCACAGUCGCACACGAUACAUUCCUGGAUAUCUUGUUGAAGACAUGCGAAAAACUGAACAUUCAACCCACAGAAGCAUUCAAAGUGAAAGUGAUCCAAAUGUAUGAAAUGAUGUUCAUCCGACACAGUAUCAUGUUGGUCGGGUUGCCAUUUGCAGGAAAAUCUACUGCAUUCAAGGUUUUAGCAGCCACUCUGACAGAGAUGCAUGAGAAUGGCCACAAUGAAGAGCCGGUAGAAUACGAAGUAAUCAACCCAAAGUCUGUCACUAUGGCUCAGUUGUACGGCCAGUUUGACCCUGUUUCGCACAAGUGGACUGAUGGUGUUGUAGUUUCAGCUUUCAGGCGGUUCGCGGGAGCAACGGACGGGGGCCGCAAGUGGGCGGUGUUUGACGGGCCGGUGGACGCGGUCUGGGUCGAGAACAUGAACACCGUGCUGGACGACAACAGGAAGCUGUGCCUCAACUCGGGGGAGAUCAUCGCGCUCACCCCGGCCAUGUCCGUGGUAUUCGAAGUCAUGGACCUGCUGCAGGCAUCUCCGGCCACGGUGUCUCGCUGUGGCAUGAUCCACUUUGAGCCGGAGCUGCUGGGCUGGAAGCCGUUCGUGACGUCCUGGGUCUCCCAGCUGGACCCGUCGUGGCUGGACGAGUGCCAGGGCUUGUUCGAGGACUUGUUCGACUGGCUGGUCCCGCCCAGCCUGGAGUUCAUCCGGAAGCAAUGCCACCAGCUCGUGUCCGCCGGCAGCGCCAACCUCGUCAGGUCGACGAUGCUGAUGGUGGACAUGCUGCUGAAGGGUGCGGCCGAGGAGAAUGGUGCUGGGUCGAAGCACUUGCGCUCCUGGGUGCAGGCUGCGUUCAUGUUCGCCGGCGUGUGGGGACUCGGGGGCACGUUGGACGCCGACAGUCGUCAAGCUUUCGACGAGUUCUACAGAGACAUUUGGAAAGGAAACAUCCCAGACUGCCCAGUGCCGGAGAGCUUGGACAAGGUGGAUGUACCUCUGCCUUCAGAAGGCCUGAUUCAUGACUACUUUUACAUUUUCAAGCAGAAAGGGAUCUGGAAGUACUGGCCUGAGGUGCUCAAAUCCACAGACAUCAAGGAAACAGCGAACAUCCAGGAGACCAUCAUACCGACCAUCGAUACUUUGAAGUACCAUUACUUAAUGGACCUGCACUUGAAACACCGCCACCCCAUGUUGCUUGCUGGCGACACUGGCACGGGCAAGAGCUUCUGCGUCCGGAACAAGAUGAUGCGAGGGAUGUCGCUGCGAGCGUACCUGCCGGCGUUCGCCACUCUUACCGUGCGGACAACGGCCAGUCAGCUGCAGGAGCUGAUUCUAUCCAAACUGCACAAGCACAAGAAAGGCACGUAUGGUCCAGCAAACAACUUGAAGUGUGUGAUGUUCCUGGAUGACCUCAACAUGCCGGCCAAAGAGGCGUACGGUGCACAACCUCCAUUGGAACUGCUCAGACAGCUGCUUGAUUAUGGCCAUUGGUAUGACCUCAAGGACAUGUCGAAGAUUCUCCUGUUUGACGUGAUGUUCGUGGCCGCGAUGGGGCUGUCCGGAGGCAGCCGGCAAGAGAUCUGCAAGCGGUUCCUCUCCCGCUUCAACGUGUACUCCAUCACUCCGUUCUCUGACGAGAGCAUGAGCCGCAUCUUCACCAAUCUUCUGCUCAUUGCUCUUAAGAGAAAUGGUUUCGCUACGGAUGUGAUGCCUUCCAUCAUUUCGAUCGUGCAAGCGACACUGGAGUUCUACCACUCGGUCGUGGAGAACCUACGACCUACACCCGCCAAGUCUCAUUACUUCUUUAACCUGAGGGACUUUGGACGCGUUGUUCAGGGCUGUUCACUCGUCAAGAAAGAUUCUGUUGACAACAAGAAGGUCUUCAUCAAACUCUGGAUCCACGAAGUACUGAGAGUGUUCUACGAUCGUCUGAUCGACAACGCUGAUCGUGUGUGGUUGUACGGGCAGCUUGAGACUUGUGUUCAGGAGCAUUUCAAGGAAAGUUUCGACACCUCUCUGGACAGUCUGCCGCAAGUAAAUGGAAAGAUAUCUGAAGAGUCACUGCAGAGCCUGUUUUUCGGAACCUACAUGGAUGUUGAGGCGUUCGACGAGGAAAAGAAGUAUGAGGAAGUCUUGGACAUUGAAGAAUUUCACAUCUUUGUGUCUGAAGCUUUGGACAAAUACAAUGCAGCAUCAACAAUCAAAAUGGACAUAGUACUGUUUAGGUACGCCCUGGAACACCUGUCGCGCAUAUGCCGGAUCCUGGCGAUGCCGUGCGGCAGCGGCCUGCUGGUGGGGGUGGGCGGCUCUGGCAGGCAGUCGCUGACGAGGCUGGCGACCGCCAUCACCGGCUUCCGGUUCUUCCAGCCUGACAUCUCCAGGACUUACGGGGCUAAUGACUGGCGCGAUGACCUGAAGAAAGUGCUGAAGCAGAGCGGAGGGGAGAACCGCGACACCACCUUCCUGUUGACGGAGAACCAGUUGAGGGAAGAGCUGUUCCUACAGGACGUCGACUCGCUGCUCAACACCGGAGAGGUGCCCAACCUGUUCUCCAUCGAUGAGCAGCAGCAGAUAUUUGAUAUGGUCAGGCUCGCAGCCCAGGGCGGCAACAGGAACCUGGACAUAUCCGCCCUCGAAGUCUACACGUUCUUCGUGAACCGCUGCAGGGAGAAGCUGCACAUCAUCCUGUGCUUAAGCCCCAUUGGUGCGUCCUUCCGCCAGCGGCUGCGUCUCUACCCCUCGCUCGUCAACUGCUGCACUAUUGACUGGUACCAGGUUUGGCCCGAAGAUGCACUAGAAAGAGUGGCCCAGAAGUAUAUACACGAUGUUGAUGUGCCGGAGGAUGUGAAAAAGUUGGCCAUCACAGCCUGCAAGUACUUCCACGUGACCUCCAGGGAGUUGUCCGACAAGUUCUACUCCGCCACCGGGAGGAGGACGUACGUCACUUCUGCGGCCUACCUGGAGAUGGUCCGCUCUUACUCCAGGAUCAUGAGGCUGAAGCAAGAGGAGAUAUCUCAGGCUGAGCAGAGAUAUGCUGGAGGACUGGAGAGGCUCCUUUUUGCUGAGAAACAGGUGACGGAGAUGCAGAAGCGCCUGUCGGACAUGAAGCCGGAGCUGGAGUCGCAAGCCAGGAGGACGACGGAGAUGAUGGUGAACAUCGAGAGGGAGACGGCCAACGUGCAGAGGGCCUCGGCGGUGGUGCGCGAGGAGGAGAAGAGGGCCAAGGUGGAGGCGGAUGCCGCAGACGUGCUGCAGAAGGAUUGCGAGGCGGAGCUGGCGGCGGCCGUCCCUAUUCUGCAGGAUGCUAUUUCUGCUCUGAACACGCUGACGCCAGCAGACAUCACUCUGGUGAAAUCCAUGAAGAGCCCUCCAGAAGCAGUUAAGAUGGUGAUGGCAGCCGUUUGUGUCCUGAAAGACAUCAAGUCAGACAGAAUAACCGACCCAGCAACUGGUAGAAAGGUACUGGACUACUGGGGGCCGAGCAAGAGGGUGCUGGGAGACAUGGGGUUCCUCCAGUCGCUGAAAGACUACGCCAAGGACGAGAUCCCGCCCGUCAUCAUGAACAGGAUACGCACGGAGUACCUGCCGAACAAGCUGUUCCGACCCGAGAUCGUGGCGAAGGCGUCCAGCGCUGCAGAGGGCCUGUGCAAGUGGGUCAUCGCGAUGGACAAGUACGACAAGGCUGCCAAGGACGUGGCGCCCAAGAGGGAGAAGCUGGUGCUGGCGGAGGAGAAGCACCGGGCCACCAUGGAGCUGCUGGGGGAGAAGAAGGCCGAGCUGGCGCGCCUCGAGACCGACCUGGGGGCUGCAGGCCGAGCUGGGCAGGGCCGUCGCCACGAAGCGCUCCCUGGAGGAGGACAUGGAGCUGUGCCGGAAGCAGCUCACCGUCGCCGAGAAGCUCAUAGGAACGAGUGCGUGGAGGACUGGCAGAAGUACGUGGUCUCCUUGCGGAUCCCCAGCUCGGACCGGUUCAGCUUCGCCGGGGUGCUGGGCUCCGAGAUCAAGAUCCAGAGUUGGAACAUAUUCGGGCUCCCCAGGGACGACUUCUCCACCGACAACGCGAUCAUUGUCGACUUAUCUCACAGGUGGUCGCUGAUGCUGGACCCCCAGGGCCAGGCCAACAAGUGGAUCAGGAGCAUGGAGGAGCAGCGGAACCUGGCCGUCGUCAAGUUCUCAGACGCCGACUACAUGCAGGUGAUAGAGAAGGCGUUGGAGGCGGGCCAGCCGGUGCUCAUGGAGAACGUGGGCGAGGAACUGGAGACUGCGCUGGACCCUCUGCUCGCCAAGCAGAUAUUCCAGCAAGGCAGCAAGUUCUACAUCAACCUGGGGGACAGCAUCCGGGACUACGACCCUCGGUUCCGGCUCUACAUGACCUCGAAGCUGCGCAACCCUCACCUGCUGCCGGAGGUGUUCAACAGGGUGACGGUGGUCGACUUCUCCCUGACGACAGCCGGGCUGGAGGACCAGCUGCUGGGCAUCGUGGUGGCCAAGGAGAGGCCAAAUCUAGAAGAAAUGCGACGAGACAUGGUUGUUCAGAGUGCUGCGGACGAGAAUACCCUGAAAGAAGUUGAGGACAACAUCCUAGGAACUUUGGCCACUGCAGAAACCAACAUCCUCGAAGAUGAGCAUGCCAUUGAAGUUCUAGACUAUUCUAAGGUUUUGUCUGAAGACAUUCAAAGAAGGCAAGACGCAGCAAGGAAAACCAAAGAGCACAUUGAGGCCUUCCGGCAGAGGUAUCGCUUGCUCGCCCGCCACUCGUCCGUGCUGUUCUACUGCAUCACCGACCUGCCCAAUGUGAACCCCAUGUACCAGUACUCGCUGCCGUGGUUCAUCAACCUCUACGUCACGUCGAUUGAGACGAGUAAGAAGUCCAAGUUCUUGCAGAAACGUUUGGAGUACUUGAACGAAACAUUCACCCUGAACCUUUACAGCAACGUGUGCCGCUCGCUGUUCGAGAAGGACAAGUUGAUGUUCUCCUUCAUCCUCUGCAGCAACAUCGAAAUGCAUGAAGGGAGGGUGGCCAGAGAAGAGUUUGACUUCUUCCUGACUGGUGGAGCAGCCGUUGAUAACAGCAGACCCAACCCUGAUCCCUCGUGGCUCAGUGAUAAGACGUGGAAUGAUGUAUGCCACGUCACAGAUUUGCCAGCAUUUUCAGAGUUUGCGAGCAGCUUGGAGCAGCGCCAGCUAGAGUGGAAGGUCUGGUGCGACCUGCUGGAGCCCCAGGAGGCAUCGCUUCCUGCCCCGUGGCAAGAACAGCUGUCCAGCUUCCAGAGACUCUUGCUGGUCUGCACCCUGCGACCCGAUAAGCUCAUAAUGUCAGUGAGGAAAUAUGUGGAAGAAAACAUGGGAGUGAGCUUCAUCACGCCACCGCCGUUCAACAUUCAGCAGUCGUACCAGGACUCCAACUGUCUGUCUCCCCUGAUCUUCAUGCUGUCUCCUGGCAGCGACCCUAUGUCCGCCCUGACCAGCUUCGCAGAAAGGAUGGGCGUUGUCGGCAAGUUCCAGUCCGUAUCUCUCGGCCAGAGACAGGGCCCUGUAGCGAGGGCCGUGAUGGCGGAGGCCCGGCAGUCGAGCGGCUGGGUGUGCCUGCAGAACUGCCACCUGGCCGAGUCCUGGAUGCCGGAGCUGGAGCAACUGUGGGACGCCCAGAACCAUGGGAACACCAGCCCGCUGUACCGGCUGUGGCUCACCAGCUACCCCAGCGACAAGUUCCCAGUUUCACUGCUACAGAACGGAGUGAAGAUGACGAAUGAACCUCCAACUGGUUUGAAGCAGAAACUCCUGCGUUUGUACCAGUCGGAGCCGAUCAAGGACCCUGAAUUCUACAAGAGCUGUCCUGGAAAAGACAGCACUUUUGUCAGGCUGUUGUAUGGGAUAUGCUUCUUCCAUUCAGUCAUCCAAGAACGGAGAAAGUUUGGCCCUAUUGGCUGGAAUAUCCCCUAUGAGUUUAAUGAGUCAGACUUGCACAUUUCAAUCAAGCAACUACAGAUGUUUGUGAACGAGUUCACGGAGGUGCCGUACGAAGCCAUUGCGUACACGAUAGGAGAAUGCAACUACGGGGGGCGCGUCACAGACGACUGGGACCGCCGCACCAUCACAACCAUCCUUUCAAACUUCGUGAGCCCGGACGUUGUGAAUGAUCCUUCGUACCUGUUCUCGCAGCUGGGGAGCAUGUAUGGGCUGCCCCGUAGGACAGAGUACCAAAUUUACAUAAAACACAUUGAGGCAUUGCCAACAAUGACUUCACCAGAAAUUUUUGGCCUGCACAUUAAUGCAGGCAUCAUACGUGAUUUAAGUGAUGCAAAAUCAUUGCUGAGUGCAGUUUUGCUGGUUAACAAUGGCCGCAUUUCGGAAGCAAAGGAUUAUUUACAGAGCGAGAAAUUACUUGCCGAAAUCACAUGCGACAUUCUUGACAAGCUGCCGGGUAACUUCGACGUAGAGGAAGCCAACAAAAGGUACCCCACGCUGUACUCUGAGUCGAUGAACACGGUCCUGGUGCAAGAGAUGGACCGCUUCAACAGGCUGCUGUCGACCAUUCGCACGUCCCUGGAAACACUGAAGCGUGCCAUCGCCGGCCUGGUGGUGAUGACCCCGGAUCUGGAGGCCAUGACCACUGCGCUGCUCAUCAACAGAGUCCCUGAGGCGUGGCAACACGUCAGCUACCCGAGCCUCAAGCCCCUGGCCAGCUACGUGCAAGACUUCCUGCAGCGACUCAAGUUCCUGCAGAAGUGGUACGACGAGGGCAAGCCAGCGACCUUCUGGCUGUCGGGCUUCUUCUCCGCGCAAGCCUUCCUGACGGGAGCGAUGCAGAACUACGCUCGCAAGUACGAGACAGCCAUCGACCUGCUCACCUACGACUACGAUGUGCUCUCUGAAGACGACGAGGCCCGGGCUCCUGACGACGGAGUCCUGGUGCACGGGCUGUUCCUGGACGGUGCUCGCUGGGACAGGUCCACGAAGCAGCUGGCCGAGCAGAGGCCCAAAGUGCUGGUGGACGGGAUGCCGCUUGUGUGGUUCAAGCCGUGCCGGCGAGCGGCCCUCCGGCGGAGCGCGCGCUACGCGUGUCCCCUGUACAGGACGUCCGAGCGCAAGGGGGUGCUCUCGACGACGGGCCACUCCACCAACCACGUGCUGCCGGUCCUGCUGGGCACGGACCUGCCCGCCAGCCACUGGGUCCAGAGGGGCGUCGCGCUCCUGUGCCAGCUCGACGACUGAGCCUUGUCCCGGUCCUGUGCGUUCCCACACACGUGGAGACCACUGGGUGUACAAUAAAUAAAGUACUAAAUUUCGUAUUUGGUGACAAUUGACAUUAGUAGUAGGGCUGGGCCGAUGCCGAUCACCGAUCACAAUAAUCGGCCGAUUUUAACACAUCGGCAUCUGUACCGAUUUGCAAAUUAUUUACAGAUCACCAAACGCCGAUCAUUACAUACUAAAUCAAAAUAUGUAGUAAUGUAAAACAACUGUAACACUAGGUUUUUAAGCGUAACUAUGUGACAUAUCACAUAUCUUUUGUGCUUUUACAUGCUGCAAGAUCUGCACUGCAUUAUUUAGACAAAAACUUAUUAUUUAUUUUGAAACUAACUUGCAAAGAGUUGUCAAGUGUUAAUGUUUUGUGUGCAUUGGUUAACAAAGUAAAUCUUAAUAUCAACACAUGAUAUACUGUUUAUUUUCAAAACAAUUCAUCAAGAAUUACCAUGUGUGUCACUGAAUUUGUGUAUUGCAUAUUUGUUGCACUCUUAGUAUUGCAGUAGCAUUUAGUUAUUUAUUUGGAAAAUCUUUUGUAGAUAUUAUAAAGCACUUAUUUUCAAGACCUGUGAAAAGUGUUGUAUGGGUACUUUGGUUUGUGGGGUGGGAAGGUCUAGAAAUAGUAGAAAUAGGAAAUACUUAGCUAACAUUAUAUUAUUGUUCAUUUUUAAAAACCAAUGAACAAAUUAUCUUCUGUCAGAAGUGUUAAAUAAAUGUUAAGUUAUCAUUAGGUAACUUUUUCAUUAAAAUUUUUUUUAGAUUUUUAUUAUUAACAUCAAACAAGCUAUACAAUUCUUAAUUUGUGUGAUCGGAAAUGAUCAGCGCCGGUCAUCGGCGCAAAUGAUCAGUAUCAGAAUGAUCGGCAAAUUUAGUGAUCGGCUCAGCCCUAAUUAGUAGGCCUGUGAAAAUAUUUGAAACUUCAAACAACAAAAAGAAAAAAUUUAAUGUUAUUCAUGUAAGUAUCAACAGUUUAAUUUAAAAUGUGCAUAGUGAACAGCAGAAUGGCUAAAGUUCAGAAGUCGGGAUAAUAUACAUUUGGAAAUCGUUUAUUAAGUUCAAAACCAGUGAACAUUAAGCAGUUUGGAAACACUGCAAUAGAAAUAACUAAAGACCUGAAAUAAUAGCAGUUGCUAUAACUCUUAUAAUAAUGCUAAUUUUUGUAUUUUCUAUUUAUAAUAAUGCUAUUUUUUUUAUUUUCAAAUGUAAAAUGUCAACUUUGGCGUUUUAUAUUGAAAACAUCUACAUAUUUAUAAUGCUUUUGACACAUUUUCAUUUAAUUUUGAUUAAUUCCAUUGUUAUGUUUUACAUCAGUGUUAAAAAUGUACUGUAAUAAAUUAAUUUACAUGAGUUUUA